AUGAAGAAGAGCAAGAAGAUUUUCAUCAAGAAGAACAGCAAGCCCGGCAAGAGUGGUGGCCCAGUCAUCAAGAAGAAGCCCGGUGCCGGGCCCACGACAUUGAAGGAUGCCGUCGAGGGCAUCAAGAAGUCGUCCAUGGACAAGGACAACAUGUGGGACGACCAGUCGGCCGAAGAGGACAACGGUGCGGGCUCAUCCACGGACUCGAAGAGAGACAAAGGGAAAGCGGAAAAAUUCACGAAGAUGAGGUUGGCAGGGAGUUUACCACCAUAUGCGGUUGACUUGUAUGAUAAUGCUGCCAACCAGAAAGAGUCCCCUCGCCAAUUCCGCACGGAGAUUAUCAACACCUUGUUCAAGAGGAACCCCAAGACCGGGCGGUACAGCUUGAUUGACGACCAGCCGUUAUUCACCGAGGCGAAACGAGUUUGGGAGAAAAAGUUCGGCACCGAUGGCAAGGAGAGCUACACCAAGCUCGUCAUGCGAGGACUUUUCUUCGGAAACUCGGAGUCAGCUGGAGAGGUCACCGAGUUCAAGUCCAAGGACGGAACGUGUUUCUACUCAUUCCGCAAAAUGACAGCUGGUGUUGAAACCGGACAAGAGAGCAGCCUGGGCUACACGAAGCAGGCCAAGGGCACCCAGCAGCAAGCGGACAUGCUGGAGGCAAUGUUCGACAAGCUCGAUUGGAGCAUGCCCUACAAGGGUACCGAUGCCCUGGUGGUUGAGCCUGGCAAGAAGCUGCCGAAGCCCAUGGCGGCCUUCUUGGAGAAGGCGGUGGCCACACAGAUCCGCUUGGGUGGCGAGACCAUGCUUCCUCAGGAGUCGUCGGACGUGUAUGACAAGCUCAAGAAGGCCUACGUUGAGAGCCAGAAGAUGCUCGGCGAAUGCCGCCAUAUCCUGGCCUGGAAGGAGAUGCCUGAUUCGCAACCUGUUUCAAAAGACAAUUUCGACAAGUUCAUGACAUUUGUCGCCAAGCAGACGUUGGCCCACCACGAGUUGCUCGCAAACGGCAAAGCCGUUGUCAAGGCCACAAAGUGA